AUGUGUUUUGUUUGUUGACAGUCUGCUUACUUUACCCGCUCAUAACUCAUCGCAAAAAUUUACAGAUGUUACAUAUGGGUCAUGCACAAAGAAUUGGUUCGCCAUAUGAUGACGGCGGUUUCGACAAGGAGAUAAUGAUUUACUUUUAA